UCGUGCGUUCGCUGUGUUUUGAAGUGAUUUGCGUAACACGAACGAUAUUUAGAAUUUAGCAUUGGUUUUCUCCGUAAAAUAUGAGUUUUAUGAUUACAAAAUCUGUAUUAGGCACUGGUCGUGCCAUCCUGAUGCGACACGCAUCAACCAAGGCCACAGCAGCUUCUGCACCAGUCAAAGAAAAAUGGGACAUCUACGCGGGAGUGCUGGUGGAGAGAUUGCCGGUGAUCACCAAAACCAUGGCGCCCAUCGAGGCUAAAUUCAAGAGCAUGUUGGACCAAAUUGAGUUUGAAAACAGUCUCAAAUCCAAUCACGAAGUUCGCAAGGAGGUGGAGAAGCGCCAAGCGGAACUACUAAAGGCCGGGAAGAUCGACCUGGACUCAGAAACGCUGAAACAAACUGCCCAAGAUUUGGAAGAUGCGUAUAACGAUGAGUUCAGCAAAUUUAAACCCGCCCCACGGAUCACGGAAGCCGACAAGAAGAAUGAUGUAAAAUCACUUAGCCGAAAGCUGGAGGAAACGCUCGUUUUACUGACGGAACAAAAGCUAGGCGAUAAAAGCUACUUCCUGCUUCCACAAGGAAAGUACUCGCCGAGCGAAUCCUUACGGCAGACGGCCGAACGGGCAUUGAAAGAGAACGUGGGAGAUGGACUUAAGGUGACAUUCUACGGAAACGCUCCGGUUGGGUUCUACAAGUACAAAUACCCAAGUACGACGCGACAGGAGGCAGUUGGGGCAAAAGUGUUUUUCUUUCGAUGCACGCUGAAUCCUGGCAGUCAGAACGUGACGGAUAAAAAGGUCAAGUUUCAGUGGUUGGACCAGUCCGAACUGGAGAAAACACUUAAAGAACCGUAUUAUCAUAGUGUAGCACAAUUUCUGGUGUAACUCGACAAGGUUUAAUAAAAACUCGGGAAAAUUAUAGAAGAAA